UAUUUCCUCUUUCCUGUUGAUAACUUUAGCAACCUAAUAACGUUUGCACGCCGUUUAGUCAGUUUAGUCUGAAAUGAGUUAAAAAAAGGAGCGUUUUAUAGUUUUAUUAUCGCCGUAAAAGACCAUUUAAAACAACAAGAAGAACAAAGUUUUUACACUUUGUUUUUAUCAUGGCGUCAAGUUCGUAUUCUUCAUCACCAUCACCAUCAUCAUCAUCAUCAUCAUCUGUGGAUUAUGAUUUGAUUCCAGUCAUCGCCCUGAACUAUAGCGUGAGGAAAAAACUGGCUUUGUAUUUAAACCCCAUCAACACGGUGGCAGCAGAUUGGACGGAUAUCGCUGAGAAAAUGGACUUCAGCUACCUGGAGAUUAAAAACUAUGAGACGUUGGAGAAUCCCACCAAGAAGCUGCUGGAGACCUGGCAGACCAGAGAAGGGGCCACGGUGGGCAAACUGGUGUCCAUCCUGGAGCAGGCAGAGAGGAAAGACAUCAUCUCAGACCUGCAGACACUCAUAGAUGAAGACUGCAGGACUUAUGCGGAAAGACAAAAGGAGCUUCCUGUUCAGGUGCCCGAGGUGGACAGCAGAGACCAGUAUCGAGGAAUCACUGUAAAUGACGGUCACGUACCGGAGAUGUUCGACGCUUUCAUUUGCUACUGCCAGAGCGACUUCCAGUUCGUCCAUGAGAUGAUCAGACAGCUGGAGCAGACAGACUACAACCUGAAGCUGUGUGUGUUUGACCGCGACGUCCUGCCCGGGACGUGUGUUUGGACCAUCACCAGCGAGCUCAUUGAGAUGAGGUGUAAGAGGAUGGUGGUUGUCAUUUCUGAUGAUUACUUGGACAGCGAUGCCUGUGACUUCCAGACUAAAUUCGCCCUCAGUCUUUGCCCAGGAGCUCGGACCAAGCGGCUGAUCCCUGUGGUCUACAAGCAAAUGAAGAGGCCUUUUCCCAGCAUUCUGCGCUUCCUGACAGUGUGUGACUACACCAGACCCUCCACACAGUCCUGGUUCUGGGUUCGACUGGCCAAAGCCUUGUCCCUGUCCUGAGCAUCGCACAUCCAGCUCACUGACUGACUGCCACAGCUGUUAUUAUUGAUCACACGCACUGCUACACAUUUCUGAACAUUUCUGGUAACAAAUGAAUUAUUCUUUUCUAGCUGCAGAACCCAAAUAUUUUGUUGCAAAUGUCCCAGCUGUUGAAUUGAUGGCUUAUGUAAGAGUUCUAAAAAGAAAUUGAAGUUAAAUGUCACAUUUAUGUUCUCACACACUAUAUAUCUGUAGACGGGGGAGCAGAAAGAGAGAGAGAGAGAGAGAGAGAGAGAGAGAGAUGCAAUAUAUAAAUUAAACAGAUUUCUAGAAAUUUCUAGAUAGAAAUAGAGGAACUAAUCGAAAGCUGGCCAGAAAGCCACUUGAAAGUUUUUUACUUCCUUGCGAGUGUACAGUCAGCGAUGACGCUCACCGGACAAAGAAAGGCCGCGAUCGUUAUGUGAGCGUAAACAAUGCGUUUUACAAAUAACGAAUAAUUAGAAAAAUAAGAAUGAAUGAAAGGAAAAAUUCUUCAACCACAACCACUUGUGAAUACAGAGCUCCAGUUCUGAAUAUCUGGUGCAUUAAACACAUACAGAUAGAUUGUGUAUGGCCGAAAGUAUGUGGACACCCGACCGUCGCAUUUACACCAGUUUGUUAAGAUGACGUCUCGUUCCCAAACCAUGGCCGUUAAUAUGGAGCAUCUCACACAUAGCAAAGAGAAAGAGAAAUACUUUAUUGAUCCAGGAGGAAAUUCAAGCAUCCAGUGGCAACAUACAGAGAGAUAAGAUGAUCACAAACACAGUAGUUUUUUUUUUUGUUUGUAUAAAUAGCAGGUCUUGCCACUUUGACAUGGACCAAAUGAUGAUGUCAAGUCGCUCUGGAUAAGGGCGUAAAUGUAAAUGUUUAGACAACUGGAUCAGAGCCUCUCCAGGACAGCAGGUCUUGUUCCCAGUACGCAGGGGUUUGUAACUUCCAAAAGUGGUCCAAUCAGGCACAACCCCAGUGAACCAGGCACUGGCCUCAGAUUCUACUUCAUGUAUGUAAAUUAUGGAAGAUGAUAAUAUUAGCAUACUAUACUAUAUUUUUACAGCAUAUUUAAACUUCAACGAUUAUUAGAUCAACACUGUAGAUGAUUUUAUGACUGUGAAAUAUGUUUCCUUAAAAAAAAAAAAAAAAAAAAAAAAGGCAGGUUUAUGGAAAACUCAUAUAGCACGAAAUAUGCUGCUUUCUCAUAAAAUGUGACUCAGUGCUGAUUUUUGGCUUUUGCAGCAUUUGAUAAUCCAAAUAGUACGAAUCUGUUUUUUGUUUUUUUUUCUCACACGGCUUUCUCUUUUUUUCAUAUCAUCAUACACACUUGCUUUAUCGCAGGCACAAAAAGCUAGAAUUAUUACCGCAAAUUAUACAUUUCACACUUUGAUAUUCUUUUAUUGCAUUGAAACAUUGAAAAUCUUAUGAAUUUCUUUUUCUAUUUUUCAGCGCUUUUUCUUGGUUUGUUGGUUCAAAUAGAAAAUAUGAACGAUUAUCCGUGUACUCUGGCAGAACCAUGUUGUUGGUAUUCUUUUUUUUUUUUUUUAACUUGCCUUCUUUUUAACUUGUAGUCUGUUUAAGUCAAUCCUUUCAUAAUAAAAAAUAUGUUCUACAA